AUGGACUCGGAUAACGUACGAUUAACAGAUUUAUCUGCUAAGAAAAACGAGAAAGCAGCACUUGCAGGCACAAGUUCUCCAUCAAAAAUGCGCAUUUUGAAUUCAAAAAGAUCGGGUCGUGUGCGAAUUAUGAGUGAACUAAAACCUUUCCUUCCAUUGUUGCCUGAUGUAGCUGAUAUGGGAAUAAAAGAACAAAAGCAACUUUUUCAACAGCUCUAUUCUGCUGGAAUAGCUGCUUCGGCCUCGCUACAUAAGUGGUUAACAAUGAGUGCUGCCCAACAAUUUCCUCGAUUUUGUGCUAAAUUUGAUGCUACGGCAUGUGUUGAUGGGAUGAAGGAGGAUUUCUGUAUUGAUAGCGCACAAGUUGAGAAGGCUUAUGAUAUUGCAGCGGCCCUUCAAAAUACGCAAUUAUCUCCGAGUCAACAAAUCCCAUUCACCUCUGAAGAUGCCGAGGCGUUGAAAACUCUUUCUCGUUCGGGCAUACUGGAUGAUGCUGUCGAAUCGUUGCGACAGUUUCCGUCAUUGGAAGAGGACUUACUUGGUCUAAAAGAAGAUCUAGCGGCUGCGAGCCUUAUAACGCCUGAUAUUGCGGCUGCUGCUUUAUCUGCCUUUGCUGCUGCUACGUUACGACGGCCUCCUACACGAACAAUAGAAAGUUUAAUGGCAAGUUCUCAGGAUCCUGUAACUACAAAUGGAGGCCCCGAUUCUACGGAUGAUGAGUCGUUGGAGCUGAAUCUCAGCGAGGAUGAAUCGGAAGACAACGGCGACAUGUUAUUAAACCUCGCUGUCUGUGCUGGGUACUUAGAUCUGACUAAGGAACUGGUUGAAAUUCGAGGAAACCCGAAUUAUCUUAGUACAAAUAAUGAUCGUACACCGUUGAUGGAAGCUUGUUGCGCAGGACACAGUGAUAUUGUUAAGCAUUUGCUGGAGCAUGGCGCUGACAUGAAUGCUAUGAGUGCGACCAAGAACACUCCACUGAUUUACGCAUCAGCUGCUGGCAACGUCGAGUGCGCGAGCUUAUUACUAGAUUAUGGUUGUGAUACCACGAUACGAAAUGAUAAUGGACAUUGCGCGCUCAUGGAAGCAGCCAGUUCUGGUUAUCUGGACGUUGUUUCCCUUCUUGUUCAACAUGGAUUUCAAGUGUUACCAUGUAAUCAAAGUGAUCUGAAAGUUGGAUUGGAAUCAGCUUUAACCUUAGCGGCUUACAAAGGUCAUUAUGAUGUAGUUCAGUUUUUGCUGGAAAAAGGUGCCAACAAAUACAAAGAAGAAUUACACACUGCCCUUAUGGAAGCAUCAAUGGAUGGACACUAUGAAGUAGCAAAACUGCUGUUAGAUAAUGGUGCUCCAGUAAAUUUAGCGUCAGAUUCCUUUGAGAGUCCGUUAACUUUAGCUGCUUGCGGCGGACAUCCUGAUUUGGUACGGCUCUUAUUGGAAAGAGGUGCUAUCGUGGAAGAAGUAAAUGAUGAAGGUUACACGCCUCUGAUGGAAGCAAGUCGAGAAGGACAUUUAGAAGUUGUUAGGUUGUUGAUCAAAUUUGGUGCAAAAGUCAAUACACAAACUGAUGAAACUGGCGAAACUGCUUUGACACUAGCAGCUUGUGGUGGCUUCAAGGAUGUUGUGGAACUGUUAGUGCGAAGUGAUGCACGUCUCGAUAUCGGUGCAAAUACACCCUUGAUGGAAGCUGCUCAAGAAGGACAUCUUGAUACCGUUAGAUUCAUCCUUAAUGAAAUGCGUUCACUUGGAUUACCAAUCGAUGCUACAACAACAGCAAAUAGCAAUACGGCGUUAACCUAUGCUGCAGAAAACGGUCAUUUGGAUGUGUGUGCUGUGUUAAUCGAAUUUGGUGCUGACAUUGAUCAUCAAGCAGAAAAUGGUCGUACGGCCUUAAUGAAAGCAGCAAAAAAUGGAAAUUACAGUGUGAUCCAAUUUCUCCUAAUGAGAGGAGCUAAGGUAAAUGAGAUUUCUACAGACAAUGAUGCCAGUGCGUUAUUCUUAGCAUGUGCUCAUGGCCAUUGGGAAAUUGUUCGAUUAUUGCUGGAUCAUGGAGCUGAUCCAUCUCAUGUGUUUAAAGAUGGCAUGACUUGCAUGAUCGAAGCAUCGCGAAAUGGGCAUACACGCGUAGCAGAAACACUUUUGAAUUGGCAUGAUGCACCUAUUGUGACGCGCACACCUCUUCUGGGAAAAGCACCAUCAUUACAGAAUAGUCGUUUGAAAAAGGUUGCGCGACGAACAGUGAAUAAGAAGGCGACCGCUGUUACGCAGCCAAAAGUUGAAUGUGCUGAGAAAUCAAUGAAUAACGUGCCGAUCGACGUAGGUGAAAAGAUGGGUUGCUCAGAUGGAACUACGAUAUCAGCAUCAACGACUGCAGUCACAACGGCAGGAAUGCAUUCGCAGUGUACGCAUGAUUCUCAACCCGUAUCCGGAAUGCAUAAUGUAUCAACAAAUGCAAAUGUGCCAGCUCAUUUGCUUGCACAUUAUAAUUAUCAAAAUGCGAUAAAUCCAGAUGAACUACGGGGUAUGAUUGCGGGGAUGGCUGCCAUGGCUGCGCAGUCUAAUGCGCUCCCUAACGAUCAUUUGUUCGCACAGAUAGCAGAAAAAGCAUUACGUGGUACAUUUGCAAACAGUGAAAUUACUAGUGGCUUAGCAGAUAAGAAGAUGCAUCAACAGUUCAGCGAAUUAUUAAAGCAGCAAUUCAGCAUACUGGCAAAUCGACAGAAAGAUGCAUUGGCUGGUUUAGGAGGUGCAAACUCUCUACCAGAUUCUGAAAAUGGUGGUAGUACAUCAUAUAGUCCCUCGGUCACUUCAUCUCCAUCACCUCCAAUGAUUGCUUGUUGUGAGACAACUGCAGCACACGCAGCUGUGGCGCAUUCUCCCAGUUCAGCUGCAGAUACGAGGCGAAAGGGCAGCACGUCAAACCAUUCUCGUGAUGAAGAAUUGAACCUUUCUGUUGAUCUGUGCCGGCUAAACCGUUGCAGUUUCCGGUGCCUCAUCGAUUUGCUGAGCAUAUUUCGCAGAUGUAAUGGUUUUGCCGGGAUUCAGAAAACCGCUGCGACAGUAAGACCACGAAACAGUUACCAUGACCUUUUUGGCGCUAGUUUUGCUUUGGGAAACAGUUUGGAGCUUCUUAUUCGUCCAACUAUUGAGGAAAGACAAAAAACCAAUGGAGGACGUGGAACACAACAGAAAAAAGGUGGCAAAAACAUUAUUUUGUCAGACGGUGAACAAAGAGGUUUAUUUCCACCAGCAUCUUCUCUCAGAUUCCCGGCACCACCACCACCAGUUAUGAAUGCAAAUCUUCCACGUGAAAGUGUGCCGUUGUCACCACUGAAAGUUCAGCAGUCACUGAGACAGCAGUCACCACCGUUGCCUAAACAACAACUCAUAUCAGAACCAACAAUUGGGCGACAACGCUCGAAGCCCGUUCCUGAAGCAGCUGGUGAAUCAGCUGACAGGAAUGCAUCACGGAAUCGAGGUAGAACACUGAGUGAAAGCGCAAUGCACGUUGGUGAUGGACAACAUACAACUGAAAGGACGUAUGAUACAGAGAGUGAUGAAGAAAUUAGUAGCAGAAGUGAUUCGAAAAAUGGAGAUAAUUUCGAUCGAAAUUGUCAGAGAAGUUAUCGUUGUCAUCUCUCCUGUUCUCAGCCGUUUAAUGUAGAUAUGCAAACUGAAUCAAAUCAUGAUACUGCUCUUACUCUAGCCGCCACGGGUGGGCAUGACUCUCUUGUUGAACUCCUUAUUACUCGAGGUGCUAACAUUGAGCAUAAGGAUAAAAAGGGUUUUACGCCAAUCAUAUUAGCUGCAACAGGUGGUCAUGUAAACGUUGUUGAACUAUUACUAAAUCAUGGUGCCAACAUUGAAGCGCAAUCUGAUCGCACGAAGGAUACGGCCUUAUCUCUCGCCUGUUCUGGUGGACGGAAAGAGGUUGUUGAAUUACUGUUAAAACGUGGUGCUAACAAAGAACAUCGUAAUGUGAGCGAUUACACAGCGCUUUCAUUAGCUGCCUCUGGAGGUUAUGUUGAUAUCGUGAAUUUGCUUCUAAAUAAUGGUGCAGAAAUUAACUCCCGUACUGGCUCAAAGUUAGGCAUAUCACCACUUAUGUUAGCAGCAAUGAAUGGACACGCUGCAGCAACAAAAAUAUUACUUGAACGUGGUUCGGAUAUAAAUUCGCAUAUUGAAACGAAUCGUAACACUGCACUGACACUGGCAUGCUUUCAAGGUCGUACCGAUGUGGUGCGAUUAUUACUUGAAUACAACGCUAAUGUUGAGCAUCGAGCUAAGACUGGACUUACUCCGCUAAUGGAAGCAGCAAAUGGAGGUUAUGUGGAUGUUGGGGAAUUAUUAUUAACUGCUGGGGCAGAUCCAAAUACAUCACCAGUCCCUAGUAGUCGUGAUACCGCACUGACCAUUGCGGCUGAUAAAGGGCAUCACAAAUUUGUUGAAAUGUUGAUCCACGCUCGAGCCUCGAUUGAUGCCAGAAAUAAGAAAGGCUGUACGGCUUUAUGGUUGGCGUGCCAUGGGGGUCAUCUGGAAACUGUCCAAACACUAGUGAAGCAUGAAGCAAGUGUUGAUAUACAAGAUAAUCGCCAGGUUUCACCACUAAUCAUUGCCUUCCGAAGAGGACAUAUAAAAGUAGUAAAAUAUAUGGUACGACAUGUGACACAAUUCCCAAAUGAUGCAGAUUGCUAUCGUUUUAUCGCCACGAUUAAUGAGAAGGAAUUACUUACACGAUGCCAUCUCUGUAUGGAUAUCAUUGUUGCAGCGAAAGAUCGGCAAGCUGCGGAAGCUAAUCGUGCCGCAGAGUCUCUUCUAGAAAUCUUGGCGAGAGAGGAAGAGCAAGCUAAAUCUAAGAAACUUUCAAAACAGCGACAAAACGAAAAGAAAAAGGCUAAGCGAAAAGCUAAAAAAAAUCAAGCUGACGGAAAUAUUGAACGGAAAGAUUUGGAUCGUAAAGAAGAUGCAUCUACCAAUAAUGGUGAGGAAUCAGCCGAUGAAGAAAAUGGUUCUGAAAAAGCAAGCAGUGCCGUAGCAGUAGACGAAAGUAAUACUCGGAACCGUGAUUCGGAGCACGAGUUUUUUCAAACUGAUCCACCACGUGUGCCUGCGUUGUUAUCAGACGAACACAGUGCCGACGAAACUGUUUCGUUCCCAGAAAGUUCACUCACAAAGCGGACGGUAGUAUCGAGUGUUUCUGUUGCUGGAAAGUCAUCACGACAUAGAGUCCGUAAAGAAAAUGGCAAACCUGCUGUUCCUGUAAAAUCGCCUCCACAUAAAACGGGUAGUGGAAAUACGUCGGAUACCGAAUGGAUGAAAGCAACAUCAAGAAGGAAUGCGGGAAAAGCAGUGAUGUCAGGGAAAAAUGGUAGUUCUGGAAGUACCUCAAAGGAUGAAUGUGGAAGUAGUAACGCUGCGACAUGGCGGCAUGUCGACUCGAGCCGUCGACGUUCCGCUCGGUUGUCUGUGUCGUCAAAUUCAAUAGCACGUGUUAUUGGUCGUGCAGGAGGUAAUAUUAAUGCGAUUCGUGAAGCUACCGGAGCAUACAUUGAAGUUGAGAAACAAACUGGAAAGAAGGAACAGCACGAUCGGCAAAUAACACUAAAGGGUACCGAUGCUGCGUUAAGACAAGCCGUCGAAAUGAUACAUGGUUUAAUCGAUGAUAGUGAAUGUAACGUAGAAGAAGUGAUUCAGCGAGUGAGUAGUGCCCACAAUACCUCCAUUUCUCAGAGUGAGGAAAAUGCCAACCGAAGUAAUUUGGCGUUAUCUAGCACUUCACCUGCAACGACAGCACCACUUUCCCAGAAAAAGUCUCAUGCCAUCGGUGCUAUAGUAUCACAUACACCAUCUGAGAUGUCGCAUACUGCAGCAGCAGGCAAGAAAACUGCCCCGUAUAUUGUUACUACGAAUGUGUGGGCACAGCGGGCUGCACAACGUCAAAAUCAGAAAAUAGUGAGUGCAAUUGGUUCAGAAAAGAAGCAGAAAAUGUCAUCUGGUGCUAUAGAACAGGAAAAUCCGAGUCCUGAUCAGAUACUACAACUCAAAACACCUGGAACAGUGCAUCCUCCUCAGGAGAUACUAGCUGCAAAUACCGCUGUUCUUAAAAUUGGGGAUGAAGCGCAAAAACGUGGGAUAAAAGAAUUUUGUCGAGCACCCGGCCAUGCAAGACCAACUUCUGCAUCUGCUUCAAGUCCGUCGGUAUCACCGAUUGGCUUGAAAUCUCCGAUUCAUGUCGGACCUCGUAGCACUGUGGUCUCUUCUUCGAUUGGUGUGACCAUACCAACUGAUAUAAAACCUAGAACGGAAUUAUUUAAAGCUGGACCGAAAAUUGAAUUUCCUCAAAAUAUUCCAACCACUGGUCCACUAACUUCUGCACCAGACAUAGACGAAAGGAAAUUGCAACCACUUCUUGGUACAGCUAAAUCGAAUUUGGAUGCACUGAAGCCCAGCUCCAUCGACCAGAAACUGUUUUCGCCAUUGGAUUCUACUCGCCCAAACAUUAUGUCUUCGUCGAUUGGUAACAUUUGGGAUGACAACAUUGUUGACGAUAAACCUUGGGCUGUUCCUACACCUUUAGCACCAGUGCAGUUGGAAGACUUCGCGCGAAACAUCAAUGUGCAGCUGCCGACUUCAGCAAAGCUUGCGAGAGAUUACCCGAAUCCCGAUACUGCAGCAGAUCAUGUGAUUGAUUUGGCUAAAAAUAUCGCUAAUUUGCGGACACCCGAAGAUAGGCCAGUCAGCGUGACAGGUAACGAGGCUGUGGCACGACGCACUUUCUUGGGUGAGAACAUACCGUCCUUCGAUUUGAACGUUCCUUUUUCAAAUCGUGAUCCCGUUGAUUGGAGUAAUGCAGGACCUUUUCCAACGGAUACAUUUGCGCGUUGGAGAAAUACUCAGUUAGAAUCGGCUCCAAUCACAGGAUCUACUCAAGAAAUCGACAGUUCUUCCUGGAUAGAUCAAGUAGCAGCCCGCCUGGCAUCUACCCGUCAGGAGCAUCUACCAUUUCCACCAACUACUUACCCGGGAAAUUCAGCACAUGUUACGGGUCCUUUCGGAACUGAUAUAGCAAAUGUCAAUCUCAGUCAGCGACAGCAGUCAACGCAGGCAUGGAAUCGUAUGCACUUUCAACAGGCUGCACAAGCCGCCAGUAAUGAAUAUGAAAAUUUGACGAAUCUUCUGAGUUCAUAUCGGCCAACAGCAAGUUCGCAGCAUCAACCAGUAUCUUCGCAGCAGCAGCAUCAACUACCCCAGCCAAUUGUACCAAUGGGAAAUAUUAAUUACAAUGCUGCACCUGCAGCUGUUGGACCGGCUGGUUUUCGGGUACCUGCACCACGUUCUCAGAUUGCAAAUACAUCUGUUCCACCGCCACCUUUCUUUAAUUCUCAAAUUCCACCACCAUCUUCUAUGUCCCACCGCGGCGUGAUUCCGGUUACUCAGUCUACAGCGAGUGCGGCAUGGCCAUCAAUUCACUUUGCUGGGCAGGCACAGACGAAUACCGUUACUGAAAAUACGCAAUUUCCACCAUACCUAAGUACCACACGUGGAAAUUGGAGCUACAAUUGGUAA